UCUAUGUUUAUCCAAUCAAUCUUCAAUUCCUCCUUACCCUUUUUUGCCCACGUGUCACCACUUUUUCUCCACUCAUUUCUCUAUCUUCCUCUUCUUCUUCUUCCAUUCAUAUCCACAUUAUAUUCAUCCUCUCUCUCUCUCUCUCUCUCUCUCUAUCUCUCUCUCUAUAUAUAUAUAUACACAGAUUCAUAUAUAUGGGGGGUUCUUGAUUGAUUCUUGAUCGGUAUUCUUGUAAGAAAGAUGACAGAAGGGAUCAUUACUCAGGCUCAUAUUCAUCAUCUCCAGCAGGUUCAAGAUUCGAUUUUUCUACCAGACGAUCUUCGUCAUCAUCGUCUUCGUCGUCGUCGUCGUCAUCAUCGUACGAUGAAAUCAGCAGCAGCAAAAAAAACUAGUUCGAGCUUUAGUUCUUGUUCUUCUUCCUCUUCUUCCAUUGGAGAUGAAUCUACAGAAGAAUCAUCAUCCAUGUCUUCUUCAGACAGCAGUGCUACAGCAGAUGAUGCAUCAUCGUACAAUCCGAAUCCGUACGAUCUAUCGGAGAUCAUGUCCCAACUCCCCAUCAAGAGAGGGCUCUCAAAAUUCUACACAGGCAAAUCCGAAUCCUUCACAGCACUAGCAAAAGUGAAAACCCUCGAAGAUCUUGCAAAGAAGACAACCUCCAUUUCUUACAGAACCCAUCAUUGCAAUCAUCUCAAAGCUUCCAAGAGCUGUGGAAAUGUCCUAAGAAGCUACAAUAAUAAUAAUAAUAAUAAUAAACUGAUCCCAAAGCCCACCAUAUCCAAGAAAACUCAUGUAAAGCCAAGUUCUUGUUUUGCAGCAUCACCAUUUCACAGUGCCAAAAGAGGGACCUUUUUCAUGGCCACCAAACCUCCAUUGAGCCCUCUCAACGACAACAACUAAUUCGAACAUCGUAUUGAUCGAUCGGACAUGUAUUCUAUGUGUAUAUAUAUAUAUAUAUACAUCUUGUUAGAAAUAUAGAAAAUUUUGUGAUGUACAUAUAUAUUAAUGGUAUUUAUGUUGAGGCCUUAAUUAGAGUUUUGGGAUUGGAUUUUGUUUUUGAA